AUGGCCCAGGUCCAGGAUGGACACUCAACAGAAUGUGAAAGCCCUGCAAUGUUAGAGGAGACUCAGGAUGGUAUGAACAGUGGUAGUCUGACUCCAGGCUCAGCCCGACAGGUCUGCAUUCAGCGUCACCCCAGCCACGGGUUCGGCUUCAUCGCAGGCAGCCAACGGCCUGUCAUUGUACGCUCUGUCUCCGCGGACGGCCCAUCAGACGGCAAGCUUUUCCCAGGUGAUCAGAUUCUUGCCAUCAACGGAGAGCCCGUGAGUGACGUGCCCAGGGAGAGAGUCAUAGACCUUGUAAGACGCUGCAAGGACUCUAUUGUUCUCACAGUGCUACAGCCCCAACAGUCACCUAAGUCUGCCUUCAUAAGUGCAGCCAAGAAAGCUCGCCUGCGAACCAAUCCCCCAAAAGUGCGCUUUUCUGAGCAAGUGUCCAUCAGCGAUCCGGACUCAACAAUGCUUAAGGACGACUCCUUGCUACUCAUACCAAAUGUGUUGAAGGUGUUCCUGGAGAACGGACAAAUCAAGUCCUUUACGUUUGACAGCCGCACCACUGUAAGGGAUGUGAUAUCAUCUCUGCAAGACCGCCUUUCUCUCCGAUACAUAGAGCACUUUGCUCUGGUUCUGGAGUCGGGUGGUCUAGAACAAAACCAGCGGCUUCACCUGCUGCAGGAGAGCCAACCGCUGACUCACGUAGUGCACAGGACCUAUUUCCAGGGGAUGAAAUGUCUUUUCCGUAUCUGCUUCUUCCCCAAAGACCCUGCAGAUCUCCUGAGGAGGGACCCUGCAGCGUUUGAGUAUCUGUAUAUACAGAGUCGCAAUGACGUCAUCAAAGAACGCUUUGGAGUGGACUGGAAAUCUGACGUCACCCUGAGGCUGGCAGCCCUCCACAUCUAUAUAACAGUGUCGAUAGCGAGACCCAACCAGAAGAUCUCACUGAAGCACGUGGAAAAGGAAUGGGGCCUGGAGCCUUUUCUUCCUCUAACACUGUUGCCAACUGUCAAGGAGAAGAAUGUUUGCAAGACACUGUCUCAGUUACUGAAGACGUAUCAGCACCCACCGCCCUCAGGCAACAAGGUGCCUCCUCUCCAGGGAAAGCUACAGUACAUGCGAGUUCUCAAUGAUCUUCCCCCAUUUGGAGGCUUGCUGUUUCACACUGUUGGCCUGGAUGAAAAGCAGUCAGCUACAACAUUGUUGGUGGGGCCUAGACAUGGCAUCAGUCAUGUCAUUGACCUGAAGAACAACCUCACGACAGUCCUGGCUGAGUUCAGUCGGGUGGCCAAAAUUCAGCUGUUUCGGGAGCAUCAAGGGGUGGCCAGGGUAGAAGUGGCUAUAAUUGAAGCUAAGCCUCUGGUGUUGUUGAUGGAGUGGCCAGAUGCUUCAAACUUCGCCUGUUUGAUUUCUGGAUAUUACAAGCUCUUUGUGGAUCCCAAAAGGACCAUCUACUACAGGACACCUGGUCAGUCUCAUUUGAUCAAGGCAGAUUUCAGAGGUUCCCACGCUCACUCCCGCCCUGGUGCCUCAGCGUCAAGUGGCAGCCGACGUGAGGAGAGGGAGGGGACGUCCAGAGAGGCGUCACAGAAAGCAUCUGCACCUCCACCACCACAACAUCUCGGUUUGUGCCACAUCCACCUGAAGGAGCAGCAGCAGUUGCAGGAGCUCCAGAUGCAGGCAGAGGAAGAGCUGGAUAUUAAUGAAAACCUCAUAUCCCAAAUGCAGGGCCGUUCUCGCACCAAGUCUGAUCCCACGCUUAAGAGCACAGAGUCGGUGGCUGAACCAGAGAGCCCCACACAAGACGCUACAAACUUUAGGGGCAGGGCCCAAACAAUGGAGUCCACACAACAGUCUAGCCGGUUCUUCUGUGACUCCUGUAAAGCCAAGCUGAAGGCUGAGGGGAAGAUAUUAGAGAGUGGUGGGUCCAGUAAAAUAGCUCCGCAGCAAUGUACAAAUGCCUGUACCUCCCGUGAUGGAGGAGCUGUUGACCUCAUGGCUUUGCCUCCACCAGGGAGUGAAGAGGAUGAGGAGCUGGAGGAAGGAGGGGGGAAGCUGCAGCCUCCACCUCCUGCGAUUGCUGCACCACCUCCAGGGUUCAGAGAUAACAGCUCAGAUGAAGACGAUCCCAAUAAGAGUCGCAAGGUCGCUGCAGCCGCAGCUGCCGCAGCUGCCACAGGGGGCAGUCAAGAGGAAGUACCGGUGACAAUGAUUGAUAACGUGGCCACUAGGACUGUGCGAGACCAUGCUCAGGAGUUAGAUGACGCUUUAGUUUCCACCCUGCAAGCACUGGAGGCCCUAGCUGCAUCUGAGGACUACCCUCAUCCUCACCACCAGCAAGCACCACAGACAGCAGGGUUAAUUGUGCUGGCAGCCAUAACCCCUGAGUCGUCACUCGACUCUGGCCAUGAGACCAAUUCUUCUGAGCUGACAGAUGUAUCUGAGAUGGUGUCUGCCAUGAAACAGCAUCAGAACCAGGCGUACCUGCUGGCCCACCAUAUCAACAAGGAACGCAUUUUCAGCCGAAGGGAUUUCCCUCUGGCAAUUCCCGGCUGCACCACUCAGACAAUAGGUGGAGGAGCUUUCUCUGUGGGUCAAAUCCGUGGUGGUUGCACCCCUAGAUCUGUAAUCCUGAGUAAGACUAUGCCCUUGAGAGUCAGCCCCAGUCAAGGAUCUGUAUCCCCUUGCCCUCCUGUGGACCAGAGUAAGUCCCAGGAUCUACCCCAGGCUGAGCAGGGUGCAAGCAAACCUGCAGUGGAUCCUGUGAAAAGAUGCUCCGCAGAUGCCACUCCUCAGGCACAUGAGGAACCAAAAGUGUCUGAUCAGUUGUGUUCUGAGGUCACUAAGGAUCAGAGAUCACCAUGCUCUACAGAAGGUAAACUAAGCCCUCACACCUCUGAAAGUGUCAAGGGAAAAAUUGAGCAGUCAAGUCCAGAAACUACCAACAAAGCCUUACCCAUUCUCUUGCCUGGGGAAAGAACUGCCUCUGCCAAGAUUUGUUCAACAAAUAUGUGCCAAGAUGCCGAGACUGCCUCAAGUGAGACCAAUAAGCCUUCAAGUUCAAAGGGCCUACUGCCAGCUGAUGACUUAUUCUGCACGUGCCCAGUUCAGGCUGAAGCUGUACCGCAAACACGCCUAAAAGAUCCACAGGCCCAAAAGGUGGUUGUGUUCCAUUCAUCUUCCCCAACAGAUGAUGAGCGUCUUCGUGCCAAAGGACUGCAGCUGACUGGCAGCAAAGAGGGUGCACCAAAAACAGCAGAGAGUAAUUUAGUCAAACCAAACAUUUUGCCCACAGCAAAGUAUUCGCCUGUUAUGCCAAUAAAGGUAGUGGAGCAGAAAGACGCAGCAGAUGACAAAGCUGACUCACAGAGUAAAGUACCAACAGAGCAACAGAAAAGCAUGAAAAAUGCUCCCGUACUAGCAGACACGACACGUGUUCCCAGUUGUGCAGAAAAGGGUGCAACUAUCCCUGGAGCAGAGUACAAGAAGCAAGGCAGUAACAAAUCCAAGUCCCAGCGUACUGCCCCGUUCCUGAGUUUCAGGAAUUUGAUUUCUGCCACGUUCCCAGCCCGUUUGCGGCGAGAGACAGAUGAGCGUCGUGCACAGCUACAGAAAGUCAGGCAGUACGAACUGGAGUUUCUGGAGGAGCUGCUAAAGCCUAAGGCUUCACAAGGAGAAUUCCUUCCCCAGGGAUCCUCCCCUGUCCCCUCAGGGACACCUUGCACCUGCCAGUUGCGCACCAGUCCUGUGCAGAAAGUGCCUGGCAUCUCCAGAGAGCAGCGAAGGAGCUGUGAUUGCAAGAGGAUGUGCCGUGGAAUGCGCCUCCCUGACACACCGGUUGGCUCUGCCAUGGAGCACAGAGGAAGAGAAAGAGCCGUCUCUAAAACCCCCCCAGCUAUGCCAAAAGCCCCUCAUGCUCAAGGGGCGCCAAAGCGACCACAAACCUUGGAGAUCAAAACAACUAGAAUUCGGUCAACUAGCCUGGAGUCAAGAGAACCCAGAGAUACACCUGUGUCCUGUUUACCGACAUGCACCUCCCGAUCAGAAUGCAUUGGAGCACCGCAGUACAAGAAGCUCCAAAGGAGAUACAGUAUAGGUGAGAUAGAAAACAAUGAAAGCACGCCACUCUAUGCUGAGGUCAAAUCCACUAAAACAAAGAGCUUGGAGAAGGAGAUGGAGCGAGUGAGGGCCACAGGACUGCGACUUCCAACUCCAGUGGAACCCAUUCAUACUCAGAGUGGGGAUGCAAAGAAGAAAGGGGUUUUCUUUUUACAAGGGGAGGAGCUUCUUCGUGAGGGUAGAGAGGGAACGACCGAAGUUCUGCUCGGAUUGCCAAGUGAGGACAAUGAGGACAGAGAGAAAUGUUGCUCUUUUUGCUUCUGUUACCGCAAGUGUGAGGUGGCUGAUGAAAGCAGUGAGAAAGAUGAACUCUCAUAUAGCAUUCCUCUGCAGGUUUUGCCUGGGGUGCAGCUGGAUUCACGAGCUAUGCCAGUGGUCAGCAAGACCUUGCAAGUGCUUGAUGCUGAGGACUGCAGUGGAGAGGAGGAAGAGGAAGAGGAGGAACCACAGACCCAAGAAAUAGAUUUGCGAGCCAGUAGCAGUCUGGAAGCAAGUUUGGCACGAGUGCAGACCUUGCAGGAAAAAACAUUCAGCCUCCCUGACGGGUUCUUAAACGCACAACUUGACGCCAAUGAGCUGCUUGCCAUUUUGAGGCAAUGUGCCAACAGCCCGCAGAUAGAAGGAGAGCCUCGGAUGCCACCUGCCAGACUGGCGGAAUACAAGCAAGAACUAGCAGUCCGCUUUAAGGAGUUCAGGGCAUCUUGUCGACGAGUGGCCAGCGUUGAGAAAAGUCCCUCACGAAUGCUUAGUGCUGUCACAGCUAGUUUCCAGGUGCUGUGCAACCUCACUCAGACAUUCAUACGGUUAGUGAGAGGUGUUCGCUCUGAGACUCAAAGGUUGCAGUUGCUGCGUAAAGUGGAGGAAGUGGCCGUUAAUUACACUCUGCUUCUUCGGGCUGCCGAGGAGGCAAUGGGUCAUUCCAGCAGCUUGCCCACUAAGAGUGUUAGCCCACAGCUUUCCCACUCCACGAACCUGGGCUCCCUUACUCGCACCAUCAAAGCCCUGCCCAGCAAGUAA